GUGUGUUUUUUCAGGUACAAGAAGAUAGUGGACCAGCAUGCCACUAGUGGGAGCGGGCGAAAAAGCUGAGAAUACUUCCAAAGGAUGGAUGAGCUAUUUGCUGGAGAUCUAUCUGUAAGACCAGCGAUGGUUGUGUCGUCAAUGCCAGUUCAGCAAGAUGUUACUGUAACUGUAACUGCAAAGCCGCCACCUGGGCCACGUAGACCCACGGUUCAUAAAGCACCAACUCCCCCACCAAUUGACCAGCCAGCAGGAAGGGCAACCACCCCUUCUACAGAGGGGACUGAUGUUGUUGCUACCCCUCUCAUCAGAAAAAGAAAAAGAAGUGGGAGCCAAGACCCUCCAGAAUGGUACCGGAGCUACAUGCUAGAACAUUCGCAAAGACUAGACCGCUUGGAUGCCCAUAACGAGCGUUUGACUGCUUUGGUGGAACAAAAAAAUCGUCUACUGGAGCGACUUGUUCAGGCUCUGACCUCCAAUAAAAGUUGAACUGUCUAGAGAUUUCCAUUACUCCUGCAAACAGCGAGUGUUAAUAUGUUGAGUUGUGUUUCGUCAUUGUCUCAUUGUAAAGUAUCCAGUUAUUUUAGGCCAAGAUGAACUUGCAUUAUGGGGAAUUCAGAGCUGAUCUUUCAUCUAUGUAUAUAUUAAAAUUAUUAUAAUUGUC